AAAAAAACCCCAUCCAUAGUAAGACAGCUCUAAACCUUCUACUUCCUUUUCCGGCUACAAGUGAGCCCCAAAACCGAAGCUAUCGUUGGUAGUGAAGUUUCGGACUUCAAUACUACCUCAAAAUGGGAUUUGUUAAAGUUGUCAAGAACAAAGCUUAUUUCAAGCGUUUUCAAGUCAAGUUCAGGAGGAGGAGAGAGGGCAAGACAGAUUUUUUUGCAAGAAAACGCCUUGUUAUUCAAGAGAAAAAUAAGUACAACACUCCAAAGUAUCGAAUGAUUGUUAGAUUUACCAACAAAGACAUCAUUUGUCAGAUAGCGUACGCUCGUAUUGAGGGGGAUAUUAUUAUCUGUGCUGCUUAUUCCCAUGAGCUGCCUCGAUACGGUGUCAAGGUCGGGCUUACUAACUAUGCAGCUGCCUACUGUACUGGACUCCUGUUAGCCAGAAGACUUCUACAAAAACUGAAGUUGGAUGACAUCUAUGAGGGACAGAAGGAAGUUGACGGAGAACAGUUCAAUGUUGAGGAUGUAGAUGAAAAACCAGGUGCAUUCAGGUGCUACUUGGACGUUGGUCUCGUGCGCACAACCACAGGUGCUCGUGUGUUUGGAGCCAUGAAAGGUGCUGCCGAUGGUGGACUAGAUAUCCCACACAGUACCAAGAGAUUCCCUGGUUAUGACAGCGAGAAUGGAGAAUUCAGUGCUGAGGUCCACAGAAACCACAUCUUUGGCCAACAUGUUGCCAACUACAUGAGGUCCCUUCAAGAUGAGGACGAAGAUGCAUUCAAGAAGCAGUUCUCCCAAUUCAUCAAAAAUAAAAUAACAGCUGACAAUUUGGAGGCCAUGUACAAAAAAUGCCAUGCUGCUAUUAGAGCUGACCCAUCACCAAAAGCAAAGAAAGAUAAGAAGGAUGUCAAGGUCAAGAGAUGGAACCGGGCUAAGAUCUCUAUUAAACAGAGGAAGGACCGUGUUAAGCAGAAGAAGGUUGCCUAUCUCAAACAGUUGGAGGCCGAGGAUGAUGAAUAAGUGUAUCACUAUACAAAUAAACUCUGCUUGCCCAG